AUGAUGCGCCUGUACUCGGUCAGACUCCUAGUUGCUACUGCUCUUCUGGCAAACGUUGAACGGGCCGCGCCCUUUGAUCUGACCAUCGAUGACUAUCCGACUGUAGUCCGUUCCCUCGCUGACAACCAGAACGUUGUUACUCCUAAGAGGAUACUGAGGCGUUUCGAUGAGGCUGACGAAGAGAGACUCGUCGGGAUUAGCAAAAUGUCGGAGCUAACAACCCAGGUCAAGGACGGUGCGUCGAAACUCUUCGAAAAAGUGGUCAACAUGAAGGCAUUGGAGACUCAAGCGGCGAAGGCCAUGAAACUUGGCCCUAUUGAUGACACCUUGACAAGUUCGAAUCUCAAAUAUUUGGUCGACCAGGUCAAAGAGAUGAACUCGAAGAGUAGGAUAAAGAAGGUCUCAGUGAUUGGAAUACUCACCACCAAAUACGGAGAUGACGCUCUGGCGAAGGCGCUCUUGAAAGCCGAAAGGAAUGCGGAAUCCACGUCACUUUUUGCAAAAGAAAUUCGAGAGUUGCGCGCGAAGCAACUAAAGAUGUGGAAGAGUAGCAGUAAAUCCGCUGACGAUAUUUUCAAGCAACUGAGAUUUGGCGACGACAUGUUCCCCAUCAGUCAGAAGUUCGAGAUUCUGGACGACUACAUCAAAUUCAUCAAGCCUAAGGCAUACGAUCAAACCCUCCUACGCACCAUAAUUAAAGGGGUUAAUGGUAACGAGAAGGUGGGGACGGUAUUGUACGCCACAAGGACGGAUCCUCGUACGGUCAAGAAGGUCAAUGAUUUCCAGCAAUCUCUACUCAGAAAGUGGAUGGGUGAAGGCUAA